AUGAGGUUGCAAGAACUUCAAGAUGCUAUAAACAAACUUCCAUUGAGACAUCCAAUUGACGUCAAAUUGUAUUGGAGAGCAUCUGAGUUAGGUCAGAAGGUUUUAUAUGAAACAGGUUGCUUCGACGAUGUUUAUGAGAUAACAGGAGAAGUUUCUCAGAAGAUAAGAGACUCACUUGAAUUUCCACAAACUGGACCAAUUGGUUGCGACAAGUUCGACUCAGAUGAAAAGAUAUACUAUGUCGACCUUAACGCUGCAUACAUGAGGUUUGUCCAAUAUAUUCCGACUGGAAUUCCAAACGAAGAUGGUGAGUUUCCGGGAAGGAACUAUACAGUUGGAAAAGUCAUACAACAACUGUAUGAUAUUAGGAAAGCUUCAAACCCCAAACUUGCAAUGACACUCAAAUUGCUUAUGAAUUCGACAUGGGGAUAUUCCAUUAAGAAACCUCAAGAGAUGAAGAGUAAACAUUAUGAGAAGGUCGACAACUUUGUUGAAAGGUUUUCUCCUUUUGUUUUGAAGUACGAAUUCACUCAAGGUCAAAGUGGCUUAGUAACCACAUUAAAACCUAUUGUCGAACAUUGGUCUUACCCUCAGUUCGCAAAGGCAGUCCUUGACAACUACAACAAAUUCUUCUCCGAAGUCAAAUCCAAAGUGAAGGUUUACUAUGAGAACAUUGACGCACUCAUGACGAACGAAGAAGGGUACAACAAACUCAUUGAAAUGGGCAUGGUCGGUGAAAAGAUGGGCUGUUUUAAGCUAGAUAAGGUAUUUUCCGAAGUUCAUGUCCUCUCCAAGCGUAAGUACUGGGGCAUACUUGAAGACGGCACAGAAAUAAAACAUUGCAUGAAAUAA